UCUGCGGGGCGGAAGUUGUUAUUAGAGUUACACCUUGCAGCUUCUGAUGUGCUUUCCAUUUUAAAACCAUUCAGAGGAGUCUACAGCUAAGCUGAACACUUGAUGGAAGUUCUCGUUAUGCAAUUAGACGGGUCUUAGGGUCUUUAAAAGAGACUGCCGUCUCUAUAAGAACAAAAGCUCAUUGAGUCUUAGCGGCAUCGGCUAACAUCUGAAUGCAUGGAAAUCUCAGGCUAACUGAAACCAUUUAAUGCUGUCAUCAUGCCGUCUUACGAAGAAUGGAGAAAAACCAUUCACUUCUAUUAUUUCGUUAAAUUAUCUUUAAAUGUCUAUUCAAUGCUGUUCUCGUUGCUCGGUCUGUGUGUGCUCUGUGUCGGAGUGUAUGCAGAAGUGGAGAGGCAGAAGAAUCGCACCCUGGAGGGGGUGUUUUUGGCUCCUGCUGUGGUCCUCAUACUGCUGGGUCUCGUCAUGUUCACUGUGUCUGUGAUGGGUAUGGUAGGAUCCCUCAGGGACAACAAGACUCUGCUGCAUAUGUUCCUGUGCGUGCUGUGUGUUCUGCUGGCUCUUCAGGCUCUUGCCCUCAUCAUUGCCCUGAUCUUUGAAAAGACGACAAUCAAAUUGUUUCAGAAAAGUAUACGAGAAGGAAUCAAGCACUACUAUGAUGACCUGGACUUCAAAAACAUAUUGGACUACGUGCAAGAAAAGUUUUCUUGUUGUGGAGGCGAUGAAUACAAGGAUUGGGAGGUAAACCAGUAUCACUUCUGCAAUGGCACGAGUGCUUUGGCCUGCGGUGUUCCCUACACCUGCUGCAUCCGUCAAAGUGUCGGAGAAGUUGUGAACACACUCUGUGGCUACAAAACUCUCAAGCAGCAGCGUGAAACUUUAGAUGGAAUAAUUCAUGUGCGUGGCUGUAUCCAUGCUGUGAACCUGUGGAUGGGGGACAACAUUGGAGCUACUAUUGGAAUUUGCUGUGCGGCUGGACUACCACAGCUUCUUGGUAUUCUCCUGAGCUGUGUCUUCUGGAAUCUUUUGGUGGAGAUGAGUGAGUCUGAAGACAUGGUGGACUUUAAGAUCCUGAAACGUGUCGGUUUUGAGUACAGCGAACUGGACCUCUCGGGUGCUGGAUGGUGUAUGUGUCUACCUCGUGACGGAGGCUACCUGCCUGUACCUGUAGCAGAGCCUGACACCUGGGCUCCAGACCCCAUCCCUUUUGACCUGGAACAAGAACAGCCCAAAAUAGCCUUUACACUUCCCCAACUGGAGAGCCAAGGAGCACAAUCAGGUAUGGGAAUGGAUGAAGUGGACAAUCGAGCUAAAGAACCACAAAGAAAAAGUUCUUCUUAAAUAUGUUCAUUUUUUGUUUUUAUUUAAUUGUGAUUUUUGCAUAUAAAAAAAAGUUUACCUUUUCACACUGUGUUAAGAUAAAGCCAGUUAGUUGCACUACAUGUUGGUAAAAAUGUUUUUUACGCAUGAAAAAAGGAGAGGUUUGUAUAAAACGUUUGGUUAUAAAUGGAACCAAGGAAGUAGAUCUCCACAUGCUUGUAUUUAUCAAACUUUUAAGAACAUAUCACUUCAAAUGCUGUUUACACAGUCCAUUGUUUUUCACCAUUUGAAUUCAUUCUGUGUCUUAUGGGGUUAAGGGAGCUUGUUUUAUUAGUCAUUUUGUUAUAUGUAAUAGUUCAUAAGGUGCAUAGAAAGGAUUCUAUGAACUAAUUGUUGGCAAUCAGUUUUUUAAAUGAUUUUA